GCAAUCGUUCAACAACAGAAAAUUUUGGUCUUUGCUUUGAUAAUAAAUAGAAUUUGAAUGAAACAUACAUACAUAUAGUGUUUUGUUCAUUUUAUUUAUGAUGGUACACAAUAUAUUAGAAAAACAAAAAAAAAAAAUACAAAAUUAACUUAGUGCGUGACACUAUUUACUAUUCGUGACAAAAAAAAAUUAAGUAUUGCUGUUGCUAUAGCAACCUUUUUGUUUAUUGUCAGAUGUUCUAGGUUAUAAAAUUUUAACAUCGCAGUUUUUCUGCACUUAAUUAUUUUAUAAUAUAAUGGAGGAUCUAGAAACUCCGCAAAUAAUUACUCAUAUUGAAAAUAAUUUAAAUCAUUCUUUAUUUGACUGUAAGUGGGUACCCUGUUCAGCAAAAUUUGUUGUUAUUGGAUCAUUACCAAAGGGCAGUGGAACAAUUGAAUUGUUUGAGAUAAAUUCGGGUGAAGCUAAGAAAAUAAAAGAAAUUGAAAGACCUAAUUCAUUCAAAUGUGGGACGUUUGGAGCCAGUAAUGAUGUGGAAAGGAAAUUGGCUACAGGAGACUUCAAAGGAACUUUAGAAAUAUGGGAUUUGGAGAAGAGUUGUCAAGUUUACAUUACAAAAGAGCAUACAGAUAUUAUUAACUCAAUAGAUGGCAUGGGUGGGAAUACAAUGAACUGUGGGGCACCAGAAAUUGUUACUGGAAGCCGGGAUGGCACUGUAAAGGUAUGGGAUCCCCGCCAAAGAGGAAAACCAGUAGCAAACAUGCAACCUAUGAAAGGCGAGACGAAGCGUGAUUGCUGGACGGUUGCCUUCGGAAACUCGUUCAGUGAUACAGAGAGAAUUGUCAUGGCUGGGUACGACAAUGGAGAUCUGAAAAUGUUCGACCUUCGAACAAUGUCGCUCAGAUGGGAAUGCAACUUGAAGAAUGGGGUAUGUUCCGUUGAGUUUGAUCGCAAAGAUAUUCCAAUGAACAAGAUAGUUGCAACUACUUUGGAAGGCAAGUUCCAUGUGUUUGAUGUGAGGACACAAAACCCCAGGAAAGGAUUUGCACAGGUCCUCGACAACUCAUCGAAAAGCGGCACGAUCUGGGUGGCCCGCCACCUACCCCAGAACCGGGAUCUAUUCGUAACAUGCGCUGGCAAUGGACAGGUGUCUCUAUGGAAAUAUCAAUAUCCCGAGCAAAGAGUAAGAACGGAUGACAAGGGCGUCGCUAGCGGUGUUCCGGGCAAGCUGCAGCGACUCCAGCGGAUGGUGAUCAGCUCGCAGCCGAUCAACGCGCUGGACUGGAAUCGCGACCACACGGGUCUAGCCAUCGCCACUGCUUACGACCAGUGCAUCAGAGUGCUCAUUACCACUAAGUUGAAUUUGCACUAGCCUAUUUAAGUUUCAUUCAUUAAAUUAUAUAUACUUUUAUAUA